AUGAAUAACGAUUCUGAUCCAUCUCUCAUUCUUGACAAAUUCCUCGAUUCUCUGAAAUUUCAAGCAACUCUCAAAUCAAUUGUAAAUAAGUCUUUGCAUCCGAUUCAACAAAGAUUAGACAGAAUGGAAUCGAAAUUAGAUGAACUCAGCUCAUAUUUGAAAAAAUAUAAUGCAAAAAUUACUGACUUUCUCCUUGAAAAGGGGACGGAUGAAGAUGCAACAGAAUAUUUCAUUGAUUUAUUAAGUGUUUUCAAGGCUACAAGACCUGCUGCUGAAAUGACGAAACCUUAUACACUAAAAUCUAAAGAAAUAGACGAAUACUGUCAUCGAUACGGACGUCACAGUUUGGAACUCUCUGUAAUUGAAGACUUUCUGAAAAUGGACAUCUUAUUUCUGGAGGUACAGACAGAAUCCGAAAAUUCAUCUUCUAUAACUAACUCAUUCGAUUAUGAUCCUUUUUAUGGUUGGUUCAUAGAUUUGGUCCAUACAAGCGAAAGGAAAUUUUACACUUCGCCAGAAGACUCUCAUGAUGUGGAGUUUAUGUGUUAUACCGGAUACAAACAUAAUUACUCUGAAAACGAAUUGUUUCGAAUGGAAACAAUUUGGAAAGUAAUGAUGCAAUCUCAUAAAUACAACCUAGAAAAAGAAAAACAGCCAUUUCGAAUCGUCUCCCGGGCCUUGGAUCAACUAUCUAGUAACCCGUCAAAAGCAUUUCGGACUGGAGUGAUGAUUAAGUUCUUGGUGGGAACAUGUCUUGGACUGCAAGUUGUCGAUGGAAUCGGAGGAAGAGCUGAAAUUCUACUAGAAUCGCUGAUUAAUUCGGAUAUGAAAGCUAUCCAUUUCACUGAUCUGAAACCAAGUGUUACUUCACAGCCACUCAUUCUCAACACUUCAUCAGGAACUGUUUAUUAUCGUUUAUAUGCAGCGGCCGCCAAGACCAUGAACGAUAAAAAUGUUCCUCAUGUGAAGUCGAUAAUUCUGUGGAAAAUUUUGGGAAUUCAAUUCUGGUUUCAAAACUAG